AAUUAAUGAGCCUUAGAGACUUCAACUAUAUUACGUUAUCUGCAUGCAAGUUUUGGGAAAAUUAACUAAAAACUCCAAAAAAAGAAGAGGAAUCUACAGUAUGCAGUGUAUAAAACCCACCUUAAUCAUCUAUACUGGAAGUUUCAGCAUAGAAGUGUGAGGAAUACUUAUUUGGUUGUGAAGAGAAAAUUUAGUCUGUUGCUGAAUCGAUAGAUGGUGAUGAAUAAUAGAUUGAAAAAGAUAGAUAUCUAAAGGAGGAUAGUUUCUCAUAGAUGUCUGAGAAAGAGUGUCGAAAAGAGAGUAGGAAGUGUAAAUCAACUUCCACAAAGAAGAAAGGUUAGUUUUAAGUUUAAUUGAAGGAAAGAAGAGGUUUUCAAUUCAAUAGAAUCACCUUAUUAUGGAAAAUAUAAGGAAAGGUUCUAAUUUUAAUGAGAUUGCACAGUAGAUUCCAGGAAGCACUGUAAGUUCAAUCAAAAGGUAGUUCAUAAAAAAGCUUAGAGUUAUAAAUGAAGAGUCUGAAGAUGGAGAUAUAGUAAAUACAAUGAUUCGGAUACAAAGGUUAUUAGAGUAAAUGAAUUUACUAAAUAUAGAGACCAGAGUAUAGAGAGAGAUCAAAAAAUAAGAGAACUUAAGAUACUGAUUUCAAAUAUAGAGAAUCAUUUACACAUAACAAAGCAAUUAAUUCUAAAGAAAUACUUAACCUUAUUUCAAUAAGAGUGA